GAUCCAGAAUAAAAAGCUUGUUUCCUACUCCAGAAAAUGGGUCUACUGGAGUAACAAGGGAUUGAAACCACCAAAUCUCCAUUUUCACGACUUUUUACCUGUUUCUAUGUUCCCUUUCCAAGUUAAAUCGGACUUUUCUUUCCGCCCCUGUUAAAUGACGUUAUGCACAUUUAUCAAACAAUUUGACAUGGCUGAGCCGCAUUGCUGUGUUCUUGACGCGUUCUAAGGCGAUGGAUGGAAUUAUUAGAUCAGUUUGAUAUUUCUUAUAUUGUAUAAAUAUCUUCUGAUGAUACCUGUCUCUCCUUACUUUCCUGUGAGAUACAAAAAAUAUCAGUAUGGGUGAUUCAGACUCCGUCACCGAUGGCAUAAUUCCCGUGUUCUUGGGAGCUCUUCAAGCUUCCUUGACAGUGUUGUUAACAAUUAGCUAUGGAGUUAUCGCAUCGAGGUACAAUUUGUUAAAAGAGUCUUCUACGAGGGAUAUUUCGAAAACUGCUGUUAGAUUAUUCUUACCUGCGCUUUUGAUUACCAAUGUUGGCGAGGAAUUGAAGCCGGAUACUGCGUGGAGAUAUGUACCAGUUUUGAGUGAGUAAUAUACAUCGAAUUGUAUAGAUGGAGAGCUAAUAAUGUGAAAGUAUGGGCAUUGCUAUAUACACUAUUAUCAGUGGCAAUAGGAAUGUUCCUCAAAAGAGCUUUUAAAUUCCCCGCCUGGUGUGUACCUGCUAGUAAGUUUCCCCUCUUCUUCCUACACCACAAUUUUUGACAAUUCCUAGUAUGUUUCAACAACACCACUGCGCUUCCGCUUCUUUUGAUUCAAGCCCUCGAUACAGCCGGAAUUCUAGGCAGUCUAACAAUGUCCGAUACCGAUACCGCCUCCGCAGCUCUCAGCCGCGCAAAAUCCUAUUUCCUCAUCUCCUCAAUGGUAGGAAAUAGUUUAACCUUUGCACUCGGACCCAAACUUCUAGACGACGAAGAAGCACCCGAUGAACUUGAUGAAGACUCAAAAGCAGACCAUAACCACAGCUCAAACGGACAAAGCGAAAGCGACGAAGAAUACGCCAAUCCGACCAACUCCAAUGGACGAACCGCAGUAGAAGAAGAAGAAUACGAGAACGAGACAUCAACACUUCUUCCGCGGAGUAUCGCCAGAAGCAAAAGUACCGCCGCCAAAAAAUCAAUGGAAGAAUGGAAGAAAAUCCCUCUCAAAAUUCGAAAAACCCUAUCCACAAUCUAUAGUUUUAUCAAUGCUCCCCUGCUCGGUGCUCUGCUCGGGGCCAUCCUAGGCCUCACUCCCGCUCUACACACCGCAUUCUUCGCCCCACCCUCCUCAGGAGGAAUCUUCAAAGCCUGGCUCACAACCUCUGUCAAAAACAUCGGCGAGCUUUUCGCAGCCCUUCAACUCGUCGUCGUAGGCGCCAAACUCUCCUCCUCGCUCAUCCGAAUGAAAAACGGCCAAUCCAGCGGCAAAGUCCCUUCGCUCGUCGUACUCACCAUUUGCUUCAUCAGAUUUAUAUUAUGGCCUCUAGUGAGCAUCGGGGUAAUCUAUGUGAUUGCGAGGAAAACCCAAUGGUUGGAUGAAGAUCCCAUAUUGUGGUUUGUGUUGAUGUUGAUGCCGACGGGGCCGCCUGCGACGAAGUUAACGGCGUUGGCGGAUGUGAGUGGUGCAGAUGAGGAGGAGAAGAUGGCGAUUGCGAAGUUUAUUACUGUGGCUUAUGCGGUUAGUCCGUUGAUUUGUUUUGCGGUGGUGGGGAGUUUAAAGGCUUGUUUGGCCGCGAAAGGGUGAGGGGGAUGGGAGCGCGGGGGGGAGGAGAGGGGAAGAGAGAGGAAAAGCGGGAUCGUUUGUUUUGGUGAAAACUCCAAACCAGAAUAUAAACGGAAAAAAAUGCAAUGCAUAGCACAAAACGGAGUUUAGAUACCUAUUCAGGAUGGUGAAAUAUCGAAGAGAAAACUAUUACUAGUAUGAAUAGAAAUAAUAAAAUAAUGGAGAUAGAUAAAACAAUAAAAUUAUCUAUU